GGAUGGAGCAGAGGAGGGGAGAGAAGGGCUGGAGCUGAGGGAGGAGCAGCCUGAGAAGAGGCUGUAAUAGACUCAGCACCACAGACAGAGACUGACAGCAGCAGGAGGAGGUGGGGAAGGUGCAGACGGACAGAGGGACAGCGCAGGUGGAAGGACAGCAGAGCAGAAAGGAGAAGGCAGACUGAGAGACACAGAGGGGUCAGCUCAGCUCUGACACUGCAGACAUGGAAGGAGCCUCAUUUGGAGCUGGAAGGGCAGGAGGGGGCUUUGACCCUGUAGAAUUUCUCAAACAGCCCCAGACCAUCCUUAGGAUACUAUCCUGGGUAUUCUCCAUCGUGGUCUUCGCCUCCAUAAUAAAUGAAGGUUACAUCAACAUUAACAGUCCUGAACUGCACUGUGUGUACAACAGAAAUGAAGGAGCAUGUAACUACGCGAUAUCCAUCGGACUCAUCGCCUUCUUCGCUUGUGUCUUCUUCAUCAUCCUGGACAUUAACUUCCCACAGAUCAGCAGCGUGAAGGACAGGAAAAAGGCUGUCAUUCUGGACAUGGGCUUCUCAGCAUUAUGGGCCUUCCUCUGGUUUGUGUGCUUCUGUUUCCUGGCCAACCAGUGGCAAAGAACGCCUUACUCACAGGAAGUGGACCAAGCGGCUGACGCGGCAAGAGCUGCCAUCGCCUUCUCCUUCUUCUCUAUUAUCUCUUGGAGUGUCAUGGCAGUGAUGGCCUUCCAGCGAUUCCGCUUAGGGACUGACAUGUCUCUCUUUGCCACGGAUCAGUUUGCAAGCGGACCCAAUGGCGCCUACCCAGGCUACCCGACAGGCAGCGGAAUAGAGAGCACGGAAACCUAUCAGAGCCCUCCUUUCACUGAAAAUGCGGACAUCAACCCCAAGGGGUACCAGGCGCCUUCUUACUGAUGGAGAGGAGGCAGCGCAGAUGUUUGUAUGCAGAUAAAGCAGGUGUGCUGACACAGUACAGAGUAUGGAAUGACUUGCGCAUUCUGCUCUACACUUUAUAUGUGUUAACCAGUGCUGGAUUUUUUUCCUGUAGUUCCAUGUACAGUGCACUCUGUACUGUGAUAUUGAUUGCUUGUUUGUGAUAUGUUCGGAAAAGGGUUUAUUUGAUACUUUUUUUUAAUUUUAUCCUUCUUUUAGACAAAGUGUUCCCUCUAAGGUAGACUGACCCUCAUU